CCCGCCUCUCCCUCCCAAGAGGGCGGGGACCAGGCGGCGGCCACAGCCGCAGGAAUAUGCUGGAAGCCGGCAGGCUGGCGCCCGGGAGGUGCUGAAGGGACAGUUCCCGCCGCCGAACUUGCCCGGCCGAGCGCGGGUGGGGCGGCCCGGAGCCGGUGGGGCACGUGAGCCAUGGAGACCAUCUGGAUUUACCAGUUCCGCCUCAUCGUGAUCGGGGACUCCACCGUGGGCAAGUCGUGCCUCUUGCACCGCUUCACCCAGGGCCGCUUCCCCGGGCUGCGCUCCCCUGCCUGCGACCCCACGGUCGGCGUGGACUUCUUCUCCCGCCUGCUGGAGAUCGAGCCGGGCAAAAGGAUAAAGCUGCAGCUCUGGGACACGGCGGGACAGGAGCGGUUCAGAUCAAUAACUCGAUCCUAUUACCGCAACUCAGUUGGUGGAUUUUUAGUAUUUGACAUUACUAACCGACGAUCUUUUGAACAUGUAAAAGAUUGGCUAGAAGAAGCAAAAAUGCACGUACAGCCAUUUCAGAUUGUAUUUCUACUGGUGGGACAUAAGUGUGAUUUAGCUUCACAACGUCAAGUGACAAGGGAAGAAGCUGAAAAACUGUCAGCAGACUGUGGAAUGAAGUAUAUAGAAACCUCAGCAAAAGAUGCUACAAAUGUAGAGGAAUCCUUCACAAUCUUGACAAGAGACAUAUAUGAACUUAUUAAAAAGGGAGAAAUUUGUAUUCAGGAUGGCUGGGAAGGAGUUAAAAGUGGUUUUGUUCCAAAUACUGUGCAUUCUUCCGAGGAAGCAGUAAAGCCCAGGAAGGAGUGCUUUUGCUGACUUUAAACAUGCCAAAGAACAAGAACAGAUUGGGUGUCACUUCAGGAUAAAUAUCAACAUAAAUGGCAGAAGGAUGCAAUGAUAGCAUUUUAAAAAGUUAGGCCUAUACUAAUACUAUUUUGUAAGCUAUUUGAUUCAGAGCACUAUGCUUGUUACACUACAAGAUUGGGUAUUUUGCUAAAUUAUCAGGCGAGGCAGACAACUUUUUGAAACUGGAGUAUCUACAUAAUUUCCUCCAUUCUUACUUCUUACCUUGUUAGCAUAUAGCUGACCUUAGUGUCCAGAUAUGUCAGUAUUAUGCACUUUUCUUGACAGUCCAAAAUGGAUUUUUUUGUCUGAUUGAAGAUUUUAUUAGGAGUUAUAUUACCUUGAGUUAAUUAAUAUUGAAUAUUAAAGUGCAUUUAAAAGUAUGCUGUUCAAUUGCAAAGUAAACAGUCUCAGAAGUAUUUUUUAAGAAUUUAACUUUUUUAAAUUUUUUUUUUUUAAUGUGGUGCUGAGGAUUGAACCCAGGGCCUCACCCAAGGUAGACAAGCUCUCUACCACUGAGCUAUAACCCAGCCCUCAAAAAUAUUGACUAGGACAAAAGUAGCUGUUCCUUGUUUAAGAUCCCAGAUUUUUUACGAUUCUCAGAAGUACUUAUCCUCUCUUAUUUUUUUCUGAAAGUGGGAAAAUAAGUUUUAUACUCAUUUUUUGCUUGAUUUAUUGCUCUUGAAUAUUUUAUUUUAUAAGAUGUAUAAGGAUUCAGACAAAAUAUAUAUAUACU